UCAUGGUUAGACCUGUGGCUCUUAGUGCAUGAUCAACAAUUUUGAUAACACCUCUAAGUUAGAAAAGGUCAGUCACUCAUAUCCUGGCACAGAUACAUUCUGAUCAACACUUGGAUGUGAUUCUUCAAUUUCAUCUGGAUGAGCAUUCAUGAAUACUAAGGAGUUAUUAUUAAGGAAUUAUUAAAUCAUCUUGUUACAACUGUACUGGUUGGUCAAGGAAUUGAAAGAUGGCGUUUGAGGGUUUGAAGUGUGAGCUGCAGACGGACAAGCAGUUACAUUGGGGAGAUAUCGUUGUUAUUGCUGUCUACUUUGUCAUUGUCAUAAUUGUUGGAAUUGCAUCAUCCUUUAAAAACCCUGGUGGAAUAAAGGGCCAUUUUCUAGCAGGAAAGUCCAUGCAUUGGAUCUUGGUUGGAGCCUCAUUGUUUGCGAGUAACAUUGGUAGUGGACAUUUCAUAGGACUAGCUGGAACAGGGGCUGCAAGUGGAAUAGGGAUAGCAGCCUUUGAACUCAAUGCAGUCUGGAUCUUAUUGCUCCUUGGAUGGGUGUUUGUACCAGUUUAUAUUGCAUGUGGGAUUUACACACUUCCAGAGUAUAUUCACAAAAGAUUUGGUGGCCAGCGUAUCCGAGUUUACCUCUCUGUGCUUGGACUCAUCCUGAAUGUCUUCACUAAGGUUGCUGCUGACUUGUAUGCCGGGGCAUUUUUCAUUCGACUAGCACUUGAUCUGAAUGAGCCUUGGCAGAUGUAUAUAACAGUGAUUGUUUUGCUGGUGAUUGCAGCUCUAUUUACAAUCUCAGGGGGUUUAACAGCUGUGAUAUGGACUGACUUUGCCCAGACUAUUAUCAUGAUUAUUGGGGCCUUAGUUCUCAUGGUACAAGCCUUUGUUUGUGUGGGUGGUUAUGAAAACAUUAUACGCUACUAUUUCAAAGCAGAGCCCAAUACUACAAUAACAGCUAGGAAGCUGCACCUAAACUACACUUAUGCUACCUGUGGGACGCCCCCCUCUAAUGCCAUGCAUCUUGUACGAGAUGCCAGUGACAGUAAUCUUCCAUGGCCAGGUAUCUUCUUUGGCUUAACCAUAUCUGCUACCUGGUACUGGUGCACUGAUCAAGUGAUUGUUCAAAGGUCUUUAGCAGCUAAGAACCUGUCAUAUGUGAAACUAGGCUGCGUGCUUGCGGGAUACUUGAAAUUUCUACCUCUUUUUAUAAUGGUCUUCCCAGGAAUGAUUGCCAGGAUACUUUUUGCAGAUGAAAUUGCCUGUGAUAACCCAGUGUCGUGCAAGGCGGUAUGUGGCAGCAGUACAGGGUGUACAAAUGCAGCAUAUCCCUUGCUAGUCCUCCGUCUGAUGCCUCGAGGGGCCAGGGGUAUGAUGCUGGCUGUGAUGUUGUCUUCAUUAAUGUCUUCCCUCACAUCAGUGUUCAAUUCCAGUGCUACAAUGUUCACCAUUGACAUCUGGAAGAGAAUUCGGAACCAAGCAACAGAAGUUGAACAAGUCAUAGUAGGCAGAAUCUUUGUAGUUCUCAUGGUUGGUAUAGCAGUUGCUUGGAUUCCAAUAGUGGAAAACUUUGGUGAAUUGUUUCACUACAUCCAGAGUGUCACAUCCUACCUAGCGCCACCUAUAUGUGCCAUUUAUGUUCUGGCUGUCUUCAUGAAGAGGAUCAAUGAAAAGGGUGCAUUCUGGAGUCUGAUGAUUGGCUUUGUUGUUGGUUUGAUUCGCAUGAUCUGGCAGUUCAGCUAUGGCAAUCCUGCAUGUGGAGAGUACAAUGGAACACCUGAUAUUAUAGCAAAAGUUCAUUACCUCCAUUUUGGGAUCAUAUUGUUUGCCAUUACUGCAGUUGCUUGUAUUGUGAUAAGUUUGGUUACAGACGCACCUGAUGACGAUCAGCUUGCUGGAACUACAUUCUGGACCAGACAUGACGUAGACUGGGGUACAUUUGGUCAAUCACAAGCCAGCAGUAAAGAACUUGUUUCCCAUGGUUCAUCACGGACUUCUCUCUAUUUUGACAAUAUUGGGUUUUCUGCAAACCCAAGUGGAGGAUCCAUCAUUACAAAAAGUGGGAGUGAAAAUGGGUUGGAUGCAGACUCCAAGUCUUCAGUUCCAAGUUCACAAGUUGCCAGCGCUCAAGUAUCCACCAAUGAUGUCCGUCCUGAAGUGAAACUGGAAGAAGUGGAAGAAGACCAUUCAACGUUCUACAAACUUCUCUUUAAAGUCUGUGGAGGAAAACCAAAAGCUGACAACCUCACUGAUGAAGAACGUUUCCAUCAAGAAAAGCAACGUUGCUCACUGGAAGAGACAAAAAAAUCUCGCAUCAUCACAUCUAUUAAUGCAAUUCUCAUCCUUGCUAUAUCUAUAUUUGUAUGGGGUUUCUAUGGUUAGAGUCACCUUUUAAAAGAUUGUGUGUGGCCCAUCAUGUGAGAAUGACUUUGAAGAGAACUCUCUUUAAAACAAUUAUGCCACACACUUUGGCUCUUUUCGUCUACACUGACACAGGUUUUGUUUACAGUGUGACCUUUUAUAAUUUCACAUUCUGUAAAUUGCUUUAACAAACUCAUCAAUUUGAAUCUCUGCAUCAGUUUACAAUUUUAUUAUCAAAUUGUAUUUCAAGGGACUUUUAAAAAAAACUAGCCACAUUUACUACAAAGUUUCUGCUAAUGUAUGAGGUUGACAAACUUAUUGAAAUAAUAAUAUAAGAACCUUUUUACUGAAACUUUGAAAGUAGUGUCCAAAACGAUUUAUCUUAAAGGAUUGGUAGUGAUAUGGCGAUUAAAAUUCAACAUUGUUUUUCUCUCUGUUUUACAAUUUGUAAAAAGCACAUCCUGUAUGUAAUGGUCACCAAUUGACAACAAUUAAAUGUGAAAAUUAUUGAUAAUUAUUUUAUAUAAUUAUUUUAUUAUAGCAGAUAAUUUUCUUUUUUAG